AUGAUUAAAUACCUAUUAUUUAUUGGACUCACAUUUUUGCUAAUUUAUAUAAAAUCUUCAAAUUGUAUGUCUUUGUAUAAAAAUAACAAAAAUAAUAUACACCUUUUUAAGCAUAAUAAAACAUCAAAUUUCAUAAGCCCUGUUAAGAACACAUACAAAUUUAAAGUCAGAUUAAAAGAGAAUAAAAAAAAUAUUAAAGAUGUGAUAAAGGAGUCUAUAAAUUUGCCUAUGCAAUUAUUGCCAACAGUAUAUGACAGUUUCGCCAAGCAAAUAUUCAUACAAGAAUUAUGGAAUAAAAACAAUAUAUAUGAAAAAAGGAAUUUUAUAAAUAUAAAAAAAUGUAUAUAUAAUAAAAAAAAUAAUAAUUCCGAGGGGAAGGGAAUAAGGGCUUUUCCCCAAAAUAGUUUAACAUGCGAAAUAAAAAAUGGGAAAAAAAAUAAGACAAACUUAAAAAAUGAUAAUUUGUUAAAAAAGGAGAAUUUGUUAAAAAAUAAGACAAACUUAAAAAAGGAGAAUUUGUUACAAAUUAAUGAGUACACCAAAUCAGAGUCAUUUUCAAAAAAAAAAAAAAAAAAAAAUAAUAAAAAAUAUAUAUUAUCCAAAUUAUAUAAUAAACUAAUUAACAAAAUUAAAAUUAUACAUGAUGGUCCACCAUAUGCAAAUAAUGAUAUUCACAUUGGGCACAUAUUAAAUAAAAUAAUAAAAGAUAUAUAUUUAAAAUUUUUUUUGUUAAAAAAUUUUUUUGUAUUAUUAAUUCAUGGCUUUGAUAGUCAUGGUUUACCUAUUGAAUAUAAUGUUAUGAAAUUAUUAAAAAUAAAAAAUAUAAAAGAUAUAAAUUUAAAUGAUUACCCAUUUAACAAGAUUGGAUCACCGGAUAUUUAUACUAAUUCUCCUACUGAUAUAUUUAGUAAAAUACGAACCCUUGUAAAAAAAAAAAAAAUUAAUAAUUUAUUUUAUGAGAAAUUAUUUCAAAAAUGUACAUCUAUGAUAAGUCAAAGUGAAGAUGUUGUAAUGAAAAAGAAAAUAGACAACUUUAAAAAAUUAUGUAAAUUAUAUUCUUCUUAUUUUAUAAAUAAACAAUUUAUUUCCUUAAUUUCGUAUGGAAUUUGGGGAUAUUGGAACUACUCUUACAUCACAUUUUACAAAUUUUAUGAACAAAUUCAGACAAAUGUUUUUGAAAAGCUUCUGAAAAAGAAAUAUGUGUACAUUAGCAACCGACCCAUCUAUCACAGCUACGAAACCAAAACUGUACUUUCGGAUAGUGAAAUAAUAUACAAAAACCGGGUUUGCAAUUCUUUUUACUUUUUUUAUAAUUUUAAUAAGAUAGGAAACGACUAUUUAUUAGCAGUUUUAAAUAAUAUUAGAGAAAAUAAAUUAAUAAAUGAGAUUAUCCAAUUAAAUAAUGAAGAAAUAGAAUUUUGCCAAAAUAAUUAUGAAAUGAUUGCAAAUUGUAUACAUGAAAAUGAUAUUUCAAAUAAUUACAUAAAUACAAUAAUAAAUAAAAUAAGAAAUAAUUUGAGAUCAAAUAUAAAGAUAUUUGUUUUUACAACACAAAUAUAUACAAUAUUUAAUAAUAAAGCUUUAUUAAUACAUGAUAAAUAUUUAUAUAGAAUAGUAAAAGGAAUAUAUAAAAAUUUCGAAAAUAUAUAUUUUCUUAUAUGUGAUAAAUCUUUUGAUAUGUUUUAUGAAAAAUUUAAACAAUUUUAUUGUAAAAAAAAUGAAAUUAUUGAAUUUAAAACUAUUGGUACAAUACAAGGAAGACAUUUGAAUGAUUCUACAUAUUAUAAUUUUAUUAAUAAUCAAGAAAAUCAAUUUUUAUUAACUAAUGAAAACAAAUUAAAUGAAUAUUUUGGGUCAGGAAUUGUUCAUAUUGCUCCAUCACAUGGGUUUAUAGAUUAUAAUUUAUAUUAUAAAAAUAAUAAACUUAAAAAAAUAUAUUUAAAUAAAUUAGAUUAUGAAAAUAUAAAAAAUAAGGAUAAGACACACAAAAUAAAUAAAGUUGAAAAUGAAGAUACUUUUUUUGAUAGUAGUAGUCAAAAUGUUAUUGAUGAAAAUGAUGAUUUGCAAGAAGAAUAUAAUAAAAUAAUAAUUAACAAAUGUAGAAAAAAUAUAAAUUUAAUAAAAAAAUAUGAAGAUAAAUCAAGUCAAUUAUUAAUAUUACAAUUUUUGAGAAAUAAUAAUUAUGAUUGUAAAUUAUUAAAUCAAGAAAAAUAUAAUAAAAUUAAUAUAAAUCAAAAUAAUUAUCAUUUAUUAUUUUUUUAUGCUUUUUAUGAAAAUAUUUUUUUUCAUUUUCCAUAUAACCAUUUAUACCCAUUUGAUUGGCGUUCACACACAAGUGUUCAGGUAAAAUCAUUAUUACAAAUUUAUAUAGAUAUUGAAAAAAUAAAAAAAAAUAAAUAUUUUUAUAAAAAUAUAAAAAAUAUUAAUUUUUUAAAUAAUAAUAAUAAAAAUUAUUUAAUAAAUACAAUGAAAGAUCGAAAUGAUUGGUGUAUAAGUAGACAAAAAUAUUGGGGAUUAAAUAUUCCAUUAAAAGAUAUAAAAAUAAAUGAUAAUCAAAAUUUUAUUUUUAAAAAUCAAAUAAUGGAUGUAUGGUUUGAUUCAUCAGUUUCAUAUCUUUAUGUUUUAUAUAUGUGUAAGCAUAUCUUAUAUAAUAUAUAUUUGAAGAAAAUUUUAUCAUCUUUUAAAAAAAAUUAUAAUUACAAUCUUUAUACUAAUAAAUUUAUACAAAAAAAAAAAAAAUCUAUAUCACAUUGGUAUGUUAGUAAUAAAUAUUUGAAUAUCAAAACAGAUACACAAUCAUUUUAUAUAAAUGAUAUAUAUAAGGAAAUUACAAAAGAUAAAAAUAUAAGUCAUGAUAAUAAUCCUAUUUUAAAUGAAACAAACUUACUUAAAAAUAUUAUUGAAAAAAAAAAAAUAUUUGAUCCACAAAAAAAUUAUAAAAAUAUAAUAAAAGAAAUAAAAAAUAAAAGUAAUUAUUUUAAAAUAAAAAAAGUUGAUGAUAUUAUUUUAUUUAAUAAUAAGAACAAAAAACAAAUGUACAAAAAUAAUUUAUCAAUAUUUUUAUGUUGUGAAGGGAUAGAUCAAAUAAGGGGGUGGUUUCAGUCUUUUUUUUUUAUUUAUUUUAUUUUAAAUUAUAUAAAUGAAAAAAAAACAAAAAUAAAAAAUAGCAAUAAUAACGAUGAUAAUGAUGAUAAAAAUAACGAUGAUAAUGAUGAUAAGUUUUCAUCUUUUAAAAAAUAUUUGCCUAUAAAAAAUGUCAUUGUUCAUAAUUAUGUUGUAGAUUAUAAUAAUGUCAAAAUGAGCAAAAGCUUAAAUAAUGUUAUUUCCCCACGAGAUAUAUUUAUAGGUAUUAAUAAUAAACCACAAAACCUGAUGACAAAUCACCAUAAUACAUAUAUCAAAAUGGAAAAUUACAAAAAUAAACCAACUACUCAUUCUCCUAUUGUUCAAAAUAGUAAUGACUGUGUUACCAGCAAUUGCCAAACUGGCACCCUAGUUGACAAAUCGGGAGAUGAACAAAAAUGGGACCAAAAAAGGGACCAAAAAAAUGAACAAAAAUGUGAACAAAAACAUGACCCAAAACAUGACCAAACAAAUUCGACGCUGGAUAUAAACGAGAAUAAUGAUAAAGACAAAAGUAAUACUAACUCGCGUAAAGAAAUGAAAAAUCUUAAGAGCCAAUUUGAUGAUUUCACAAAAAACAUCAAGGAUAAAAAAAAGUUCAAUGCUGAUAUUGUGAGGCUAUGGGUUUGUUGCUACAAUUUUUUAGAUAGAAACAUUUCUAUUAGUUAUGAUAUACUAGAAAAUAUUAACAAAUAUAUAUAUUUAAAAAUAUAUAACACACUUAAAUUUUUAUUAAAUAAUAUAUAUGAUUUAAAUUUUACAGAAAAAAAAAUAGAAUAUAAUAAGCUUCAAAUUAUGGAUAAAUAUAUAUUAUAUAAAAAAGAUUGCUUAAUUAAAAAUUGUUUAAAUAGCUAUAAAAAUUUCCAAUUACAGCUACUUAUUAAAUAUAUAUUAAAUUUUAUACAUAAAGAUUUGGCAAUAUAUAUUGAUUAUAGUAAAGAUAGAUUAUAUAUACAUGAAAAAAAUUCUAUAAAUCGAAGAAAUUGUCAAAAAAUUUUUUAUAAAAUUAUUAUUGACUUGUUAAGAAUAUUAGCACCUAUAACACCACAUUUGUGUGAAGAUUUAUAUCAAAGUUUUCGAAAUUUGAAAAAUAAUAAUUUAAACAAAUUAAAAAAAAUAAAUGGAAAAAUAAAAUCAAUUUUUUUACUCCCAUUUCCAAAAAUAAAAAAUUAUAAACAAGUUAACUUAGAUAUCUUAUUCUUAAUAAAAUAUUACAUUCAUAAACAGCUAAAUUCAUAUUUCUCAAAUUCAUUACUAGCCAUUGUUUAUAUUUAUUGUGAUAACGAUGAAAUUCUUAAUUUACUAAAAAAAUUUCUGAAAAAUGUGAGUCCACUAGACAAUUUUAAUAAUUAUGAUGAUCUUCGAUUUGUAUUUAAUGUAUCAAAUAUUAUUAUAUGUAAUGAUUUAUCCGAUGUUCAAAAAAUGGAUGAAAAUUAUAAAACCUAUAAAAUUCCCCUCCUUACUAAUAUUAUGAACAGCAAUACGAACGAAAACAAUAUUUCUGACGAUUUUUUUCAGAAAAAUGAUCAAAAACAACACGAUUUUGAAAAUAUAUCAAAUUUUGACGAGCACACUAAAUAUGCAAACUUAAGCAUAGGCAUAAAGAAAUCGGAGUCACAACGAUGCUCCAGGUGCUGGAUGUAUGGUGAGACGGUGAGUUUCUUUAAGGAAAGCUUUUUUUGCCCAAGAUGCUUGGAUAUCAUAAAAACAUAUUUAUAA